AUGAGGAGGCUGACGAAGAAGAAGGCUCUGACUCUGGUGAGGGAGUUGGACGCUUUUCCUAAAGUGCCUGAGAGCUACGUGGAGUCCACCGCCAGCGGUGGGACAGUCUCUUUGAUAGCUUUCACUCUCAUGGCUGUGCUGGCCUUCCUGGAGUUCUUCGUGUACAGAAACACGUGGAUGAAAUACGAGUAUGAGGUGGACAAAGACUUCAGCAGCAAACUGAGGAUAAACGUGGACAUCACGGUGGCUAUGAGAUGCCAGUAUAUAGGUGCAGAUGUCUUAGAUCUGGCAGAGACGAUGGUCGCAUCGGAUGGUUUGAAAUAUGAACCAGUCGACUUUGAGCUUCCUCCAGAGCAGAGAUUAUGGCACAUGACUCUUAUGCACAUCCAGGAGCGUCUGCGAAUUGAACACUCUCUGCAGGAUGUGCUCUUCAAGGCUGCUUUAAAAGCAGCCCCAGCUGGUCAGAUCCGAAGUGAGGGCAGCUCCACUUCUCACAGUGCCUGCAGGAUACAUGGACAUAUGUAUGUCAACAAAGUGGCCGGAAAUUUCCACAUAACAGUUGGCAAGUCCAUUCCGCAUCCUAGAGGCCACGCACAUCUGGCUGCCCUUGUCAGCCAUGACUCUUACAACUUCUCACAUCGGAUCGACCACCUGUCCUUUGGAGAAGCGAUCCCAGGACUCAUCAGCCCUCUGGACGGCACAGAGAAAAUCUCCCCUGACUCUAACCACAUGUUUCAGUACUUCAUCACCAUCGUGCCCACUAAGCUGAACACCUACAAAAUUUCUGCUGAAACGCAUCAGUUCUCAGUCACAGAGAGGGAGCGAGCGAUAAACCAUGCUGCAGGCAGCCACGGCGUCUCAGGGAUCUUCAUGAAAUACGACAUCAGCUCACUAAUGGUCAAAGUCACUGAGCAGCACAUGCCUCUCUGGCAGUUUCUCAUCAGACUCUGCGGCAUCAUCGGAGGAAUUUUCUCCACUACAGGGAUGAUCCACGGGAUGGUGGGAUUCCUGGUUGAUGUGGUUUGCUGUCGUUUCCAAAUGGGAGCCUACAGACGUCUGAAUGCUCCCCUGAAUAUACAGGAAGAUGGUAAAACUGUGGCUCCUACAGACAAUUCCGCUCAGCAAUGA